AUGUAUUGCCAAAUCAACUCGUGCUUCAAUAGUUCAACGGAGGAGGGUUUCCGAUCCAGAUCAGUGGAAGAAGUUGUAUCAUCUUAUGAGCAAAGAAAGGAAAAGUUUGUUGGCACUAAAAUAACAAGCGACGAUUUUUACUCCACUGAAGCGUUGCAAAAAUUAAUUACUAAUAGAAAAAAGGAUAAGAACAAAGACAAUGUGAACUGGCUGAGAUACGACAGCCACCCUACACCGAAAUCGGAAGCAACGAAACAAUGUAAGCCGUUGCUACACGCCGUUACCAUGUCUACGUGGCGAGCACGUGUUUUCGGCGAAGAAACCGCGAAGCCUCCUUCGAUAUCAUUUCAAGCAAACAAUUUUAUUCUUUUAUUUAUGACGAUUGAUGAUUUCAAUUUCGGCAGUCAACAGCAGUGGAUUCGAGCGUGGACCAGUUGUAUUUAUUUCCGAAGGUUGUGUUGCGUGUGCCUUUUUAAAAUGUCCUUCGAGCAAGACAAGCGGUCCCUUUACGAGCGCCGUCGAAAUGUUCUAUAUCUAAUCUCGCAUUAUUUUUCCUUAAUGGGACUCCGCCAAUCGCGUCAAGCCCUCCUGGAUGAAGCACAUCUAACCGAGGAAUUUGAAGUCUGCGAUAAUAUCGAUCUGGAUACAAUUUAUCAGGAAUUUUGCAGCUACUAUUUCCUGAAAUUUGGCAAACAACCAAAAGUGGUGAAGAAAAACGACAACUUUACCGUGCAAUCGACUCCGGUUUUACCGCAGCGUAAGCAAUCGGGUUGCAAAAAGCGAACCUCAAACUCAACAGUAGCUAAACCGCCAACACUAUCACCACGUGGGGAACCCGAAACCGAUAAUGACGCCAGUAGUUUGGGAGCUAAUCUAAUGGUUACACAGCUGAUUGAUCCGAAUCAAGCAACGGCAGCCAAUCCAGGGAAGGAAGUCAGCGAAGACACGACAAAACGGCGAGAAGUUGCUUCUUUGAGCAACCCUAGUAUGAGGCCGCUUAUCCAUUUGCACGAGAAUUAUUCCAGCGAAUGGAAGGAACUGGCGGAUAUUGUUUGCAGAGACCUUAUUAGAAAGAAUCUUCACCAACAGUUGAACCAGGUCAAGGGACUAGAUGUGGCCAUCAAGCUCCUGCAAGAAAGCGUUAUAACGCCACUCAAGUUUCCAGAGUUGUUUGUGGGACUUACCAAGCCUUGGCGCUGUAUUCUGCUGCACGGUCCACCUGGAACGGGGAAAACAAUGCUCGCGCGUGCCCUCUGCUCGGAAACACGAGAAUCAAGCACAUUUUUCAACGCCACCGCCAGCUCGCUGAUAUCCAAAUGGCGUGGCGAAUCGGAGAAGCUUAUCCGUGUGCUGUACGACUUGGCGCGGUUCUAUGCCCCCUCGAUCAUCUUCAUUGACGAGUUUGAUGGCCUAGCGUCCCGGCGUGAUUCCAUCGGUGAACACGAGGCUUCCAAGAGAUUUAAAAAUGAAUUUCUGGCUCUGAUCGAUGGUCUCGACAGUGGAUCAGAUGACGAGAGGGUGUUCCUUCUGGGUAGCACCAACAUUCCAUGGGAAAUUGACCCGGCUUUCCUCAGGCGGUUUGAGAAGAAGGUUUUGAUUGAUGUACCGGAUCGCGUCGGAAGAAAAGCAAUAAUGAACGAUUUACUGCCAGUUUCGCUCGAGUGGACUCAAAAGCAGAUCGAUGAGUUAAUUGAAAUGACGACAAAUUUUACCGGCGAUGAGCUUAGGAUAGCGUGCAAAGAGGCAUCAAUGAUGGUGAUCAGGAAUAAGAUAAAUCACAGCAGUGACUCAACGCCGCCCGAGAAAUCGCCACCAAGCAAAGUGCAAAUCGAACACCUGAAAAGUGCCCUCAGCCUGAUGCAACCAGCAUCACUACCACUCAUUGAGAAACAUCGCGAAUGGAACCGAAAGUAUGGCAAUCAAUGACCCUUUUGAGCAUUUCCGCUGCGUUUAUUUUUAUUUAACUUUUGAAAAGCAAACAUUGCUUAGAAGGAAUCAUUUGUUCAAACAUAAAAUUCAUUGAAUCCAACUGAUUUGAGAAC